UGUGGUGGAGGUGCAGGAUAUAAAGACCGAAGGCAGCAAGGUGAAGGCAGAUCGAGAGAGAGAAGCAGCUCCUUUACUCUGAGAAACCAGCUGGUUGAUCCCACACGAGGCAGAAUGAAAUCCUUCCUUCUCGCCAUCGUUGCCGUGCAGAUCCUCCACUGCUUAGGAAUGCCAAGCACCAAGGAAGCUCUGAGAGCCUCAGUUGUAAAGCUGAAUGAAAUCACCGAGAUCACCAACCUCUGUGGUAUCACCAGGAGGGGUGUGACAAAUGUUUAUCGCACCGGCAAACUGUCAUACAAUGUGGAUCUGACAUUCUCUGUGAGAGAAACCAUCUGCUCAAAAAAUUCUGGAUGGGAAUUUGAUGAUUCCAUCUGUCUUUUCCGCCCCAGAAGGAUUGCUGAGAGAGGUUUUUGCAAAAGCCGUGUGGGAUAUUUUGCUGAUAAAGUGGCUUAUGUUGAUGUGAAGUGUGAUGGUUUGAAGACAGUUGACAGUGAGAGUGACUCAUCAGAAUCAAGUGAAACCAAUUUUGAGGGAAAUAGCAAGUCAGAAGAAGCAUCCCUGCAUGAGUCUUCAAACGAAAGCUUUAUGGAUUCAAAAUCCUGGCACUAACCAUAAAUGAAACUCCUGAGAGCCUGAGCUCAGUGCGAACACAAGAAAACUUCAUUCAGAAUAAAAAUGUUGUUAUCAAUUCUACAUGUUCAUAUAAAAGGGGCACCUGGGGUUCUUGACUCUAACAUUCUACUGUAACCGCAAGAUUUCAUUGAUUGUAAAUGUUUUGUACUUCCAUGUCUUAUGCUCGUGUAUUGUGUAAUCAUCUUGUAGACUGUGGAUCAAAUUGAAGUGUAAGUUUUUGUGGUAUUAUGUACGACUGUUGUCCAUUCUACUCUGGUUUCAAUAACUAAUGCCUGCUUGUUGACCUAGGCUUUGUCCUGCCAUCCUAUUUUCUGACAAGAUGACCUAUUUCACCACCCAGCAGGUUGACUGGUUUACUACUGAGCAGAUCAUUGAACUGGUCGGUUUUGGACUUCUUGUACUGCAAUCACAUAUUCUUGGCUUUUAUACCAGAAAACAUUAGAACUAUUGUUUUUGCAGACAUGUAUCCUUUUUUCUUGAAAACAGAUGAAUAAAUUACAUCUA